UGUUUGCAUGGAAUCGAUCAGCUGUCAGCGAAGCUGUUGCCCACCAGCUCAGCUCCAUCUGUUUUCGUGCGGGGAGCAAAGCAAGCGGGCGGUCCGCUAACUAGCACAUCCCGUGUGCCCGUGGUUGUGCCGUUGCCGGGCAACCGGGCGGACCAAAGCCACCGUGGUGUGAAAAUUACCUUCGCCGCAACAACCGUCUGACAAGCAAGGGGCAAAACGUCAAAAAAAAAAAACGCACAAAAACGAAAGCUCUGUUCAGUCGCGUUUGUGUGGUUGGUCGCUCUUUUCACCCAACAUUUCCCGUUCCGUUUACCAAAACCCCCGGUGUUCCGGUGUCCCUUUCGGUUGUUUCGGCCAAUUCCAAAUCAAUGUGCAAACCAUUCCGGUAGUGUCCGGGUGCAGCAAACAGCGAAACAGAAUUGUGUGCGCGCGAUGGUGCUGCUGCAGCUGCGUUCCCUCCGCUCGUGGCUUCUUUCGUCCGAGCACAGCUUCCGCGAAACGCUGAACAGCAUCUUCUGGCUGAGCUGCCUGCUCGGGCUCGUGUUCGUGCAGUUCCGGCGCCUGGUCGUGCGACUGUUGCGUCUGGGGCGCGUCAAGGCCCACCGGCAUGGCCCGACCGUGCAGCACCUGUGGAACAUAUGCUUCUACGCGAGCGCCACCAUCUUCCUGCUGCUCUACCAGGCGCUGCUGAUCCGGCCGGAGGUGAUGCGCGAGACCGGCAAAUACUUCCCCCAGUACAUCAAUGCCAUCUUUGCCACGGCGUGCGACCCGGCCAAGUUCGAGAUCGUGACGGUCGUGCUGGUAUCGUACCGCGUGCUCACCACGGUCACGCAGCUGUCCCGGGGCGACUAUUCGGUCGCGUUUUCCGGUGCGCUCAAUGCCGCCCUGCUGCUAUGCUGCUUCGCGCUGCGGCUCGAAAACUAUAGCAUCCUGCUCAACCUGUACCUGGCGGUGUAUGGCGCGGGCGAGGAAGCGUUCCUGCUGGCCGCCUCCCGGACGGUCCAGCCCCAAUGGUUGACAACGUUUGCGCUGCUCAAGUGUGGCACCUGGAUCUAUCUGUUUCUGAAUCUGUUGCCGUUCGAGUUCCUGAUACCGACGCUAUACGCGCGUCGCGAGCUGCUCCCGCUCAAGGUGUGCUACUGGCUGUGGUACUGCUCGUGCGUGUGGAACUCGCCGCUGCUGAAGCUGCUGUACCACAAAAUCUACCAUCUGCACCCGCACGACUGUGCCGGCGGUGGGUCCGCCUUCCGCUGCAUACUGUCCGAUGACUGGCAAAACUUUCGCCACUUUCGCAACCUCAAACAGGCCUACCUCGAGCUAAAGCUGCAUGAAAGCAAAGAGAAAGUUAACAAAGUAACGCUCACCGAUGUGUCCGCAAAGACCGCCUACCAGACGAUCAAGUGUGUGCUCACUUUAAAGCGAAAGCUUAAAAAGAUGCGAGAAAACAAGGCGUCGCUGGAGCAUCAGGAUUAGAGGCGUAAGCGUAACCCUUAACCAGGCUAGGGCAGCUAGCGAAGCUCUCAACCAUUAUCCUAAUUCAUGUGAACAUGUGAUCUCGACCGAAAGAACUGUAACUUCAUGUGUGUGUGUAUGUGUGUGUGUGUACAUGUCUGUUUGUAUGUUUCAUCCUCCACAUCCUUUCCUGUUCCCGAGCGACCAUUAUUUAUGCCCCAUCUCCGUCUCUCUUGUUGCUGUCCCACUUAUCCUCAGAUUUCCAUUCCUGUAACGCAAAGCAAGGAACGUAAUUCAUCGAAUAACAGGAAACGAAGCUAGCGGCAAACACUAGAAUAACGCAAAUCAUUAAUUUAUCGAUUGGCCGACCGAGCGCGCCUAGUUUAGAAAGCGACUGGCAGGGGAUUAGGGGGAAGGGGAGAGGGGGGGGGGGGGUGGCAACCCAAGACAUAAAAAUUUCCCAUUUACCAACCGAGCAGGGUAGACGGAGGGGAAAUUUGGCUGUAAAAAAAAAUCUUGUACGCGCGCAGAAGGAUGGCAUAUUGCUAUGUAUAGGGUUUACAAUACAACGAUUGAUUUGCUCCCCCGCUCAAAAAAAAGGUUUGACUGUUUUCUUCAUGUGUACUCGCUGGUGGUGGUGAAUUGGUGGCGACUGAGUGGCCCAAUAACAACGAUGGUUUGGAAGAUUAAUCGUUCCAUCUAGUAUUUUGUGUAUGAUAUUUUUGUCUUUUAUUUUAGAUAUUCUUUUUUGUUGUUGUUGUUGUUGUUGUGGUUGCUGUUGUUUGUCUGCUUUUAAUAUAUUUAUGCUAGCUUGUUUUGUUCUUUCUUUCUUUUUUUUUGUUUGUUUGUUCAUAAGUUAACUAUGGUUCCCCAUGCUUCCUCUCCCGCUCAUAUCAUGUUUCGUUUGUUUCAAUUUGUCUCUUGGUUUUGGUUGUGUUCGGAUCGCUCCCUCCGCUGGUGACCACCGGUGCGGCCACUGGAUAGCUAUCCCCCCCACCCCCCCCUAUCCGGCCCGCGCACCCCGUUUCACCUCCCACACUAACCACAUAAUCGUUUCGUUUUGAGGUACUGUCCUGCUGCGGUCGUACACGCAUCGAAAGCGGAUCUUCUUUCGAGAUGAUCGAAAUACACGAUCUCGAUCUGUCUCUCUCUAUCUCUCUCUCUCUCUCUCUCACACACACACACUAUCUCUCUCUUCGUCCUUUUCUCUUCCUCUCUCUCCCUAAGCGCGACAAAUUGCGUCGACGAUUUGUGGAUUGUUCCAUUUUGUUUUUUUUUUGUUUUGUUUUGAGCAUUAGUUCACGUUACGUUUCGUUGCCCGUUUUGCCCUACUGCUUGAUUACUAUUAUAGUUAUUUUGUGAAUCGUUCCCUCUGUCUUCCCACUAUCUGCUGAAUACUUCGAAUGGGUUUGUUUGGUUUUUUUUCGUUAUUAUAAAAAAAAAUCAAUCCUCUAGUUUCUACGUUCUCUCUGUGUGUUAGGUUGUCUGCUCUGUCUGACGCGUUCUGCCUACGUAAUACCGUUCUCCUCCGCUUUUUUUUUUUAUUCGCAUCUUUUUGUUGCUGCAGCCUAUAGCGCACUGCUCUGCUAGACUCUCAUAUAUCUAUAUUUUCGUUGAAACGUUAAUAAUUCGGCGUUUUUGUUUUUUUUUUUGUUUGGUUUUGUUUGUUGUAUUUUGCUCCAAGCGAGCCGCAAAUCUAUGAAUUAUGGAAAACGAGCGCGUGUAUGCUUUCUAAACAGUUACUGAUUUGUGAGAUAAUUUUCUGCGCGAGUCUGUAUGGUAACAUGAUGCCGUGUGUGUUUUGUGUGUGUGUAUGUGUGUGUGUGUAUGAGGAUCUCCUGCGAUACCGUAUAGUACACCGUUUAAGCGUGAGCGAAUAACGUUUUCCCGUGGACCUGAGUGCUGGGACGAGGUUUGGGAAAAGGACACAAUCCACAAUCGGGCCCGUCCCGAAUGGCUGUCAAUCGAUUUGUUGUAACCACUUUCAGCAUUAAGGUGCAGAAUAGUGUAUGUGUGUGUGUGUGUGUAUGUGUG